UCUCCCGUGUGGCUGAUACACUGAGCCGCGCUGUCUCCGUAGCAGCAGCGGCGGCAGAGCGCAGUUCCCGACGCUUCGCUGUUCCUUCGCAGGCGGGAUGCACGUGGAGCUGACGACACGGCAGGGAUCGCUGCGCGGGAAGGUCGUGCUGUCCGCCAGGGGGCAGACCUACUUCAGCUUCCAGGGCAUUCCCUACGCCAAGCCACCACUCGGCGAACUAAGGUUCAAGCCGCCACAGCCCUGUGAUCCAUGGACCGGUAUCAGAGAUGCUACCAGAGAAGGAAAUAUGGCCCCUCAGUUCAGUCUCCUCGCAAACAAAUACCUGGGUGACGAAGAUUGUCUUUACCUGAACGUAUACACUCCAAAGCUGCCGACGAAGAGUAGAAGCGACAUGUUGCCGGUGAUGGUGUGGAUCCACGGCGGAGGCUACUCGCGCGGCUCCGGCAACACUGACGCCUAUGGCCCCGACUACCUGCUGCAGCAUGGAGUCCUCCUCGUCACCUUCAACUACCGCCUCGGUGCACUGGGAUUCAUGACGACAGGAGAUUCCGUGGUGCCAGGUAAUAUGGGUCUCAAAGAUAUGGUCAUGGCCUUGCGAUGGGUCCGUGAGAACAUCGCUAACUUUGGUGGCGAUCCCCACAACGUCACCAUAUUUGGAGAGAGCGCCGGCAGCAGGGCGUGCCACCUCAUGAUGCUGUCACCCAUGGCGAAAGGGCUGUUCCAGCGCGUGGUGUGCCAGAGCACGGUGUCGACCAGCGGCAGCCUGCGGGCGCCCGUGGCCGAGAGGACCCGACGGCUCGCGCUGCACCUGGGGCUGCCGGAGGGCGCUUCGGGCCGCGAGCUGGUCGCCUUCCUCAGGGACGUGCCCGCCAGGAUGCUCGUCGAGCAGGCGCCCUACGCGCGCUCCAAAGAGGAGACGAUCCUGCAGGAUGCGUUUCCCUUCUGGCCGACAGUGGAGCCUGAGGACGCAGAGGGUGGAGCCUUCAUCACGCAGGACCCAGAGGACAUCAUGGCCAGCGGGGACUACAAUGCAGUUCCUGCUAUCAUCGGUGUCAACUCUCAGGAGGGCUACAUCUACCUCAAAGAUCUUCUAGGUGACGUGGCAUCCAUUCGCGACCUCGACAACAACUUUCACCUGCUGGUACCGAAAACAGUAGCACCGACAGAAGAGCAACGUUCCGCAGUCGCGCGUCUCAUCAGGAGUUUCUACUUUGCGAACAAGCGUCUCGACGCCAGCACAUUGCGGCAAUACACACAGGUGCGUGGAGACGCGACGUACAUCUACCAGUGCUACAGGGCCGCUAGGAGGCAGGCCGAGACGUUCCCUGCUCAACCUGUAUACUUCUACUUCUUCAACGUUGACACUCGACUCAACUGGUUCAAAAGACUGUACGGGGCGCAGGAUUUUCCAGGUGCCAGCCACGCCGACGACAUUGGCUACUUGUUCCGUGUCAAUUCAUUUGCUUCUCACGUCGGCCCUGACUCUGUCGAGGGCAGAAUUAUUGCCAGGAUGACUAAACUGUGGACCAACUUUGCGAAGACAGGGAACCCCACACCUGUUCAAGGAGACCCUCUGCUGAGUGUCACGUGGCCAGCAGUCAGCACUCGUGAUCCCAGCCACUUGUACAUCAGCAACCACGGGCUCAGCAUUGAGAAAAAUCUGCUCAAACCGCGGAUGGACUUCUGGGACGGACUGUAUAACAAGAAAAACGGGCUAAUCUCCCGUCUGUAGUUUUUGAGACGUUUCAAAUCCUGGAACACUUACUUGGAUUUCUACCAACACGGAAAGAAGCCCUACGUCCAUUCCAAGAAAGACUGCAUGUAGCACUUAUUCAAAGAUUAUAAUUCCACUGUACAGAUAUGGAUUAACUCUAAGUGUAUGUUACUAUAGCCAUUCUGAUUAAAAAGAUGAACACGGGA